CAAACAUGGCCGUCUCCCCUGUUACAGACGUGAGAAAUAUGGAUGAAGAAAUCCACUCUGGAAUGGAAACCGAGGAGAGUGUAGCCACUGGAAAUGGAGACAAACAUGAAGAAACAAAGUUAACCGAAAAACGUGAGCCAGAGGCCGAGGAUACUUUUAAGAAACCGACCCUUUUCGCAGCUCCUUUCAACAAACGCGUCGCCCCAUCAUCAGCCUCAACUGAACCAAGAAUCGGAAAUGACAAAAGUGGCGUCGCAGACAGAACUAACGAGAUUGUUGAUGAUUACAAAACUGUGGACAAAGGACACAGCCAGGACCAAAAUGGCGAAAACGACGGGAGAGACGAAGUCAAACCGAAGGUUCCUCCUGUCAAAAUUGGAAAUUUCCCCCCUCUCCCGUACACAGAGCCUUCCUGGGGUGGCCCACCGCCAGACAUCCCUUACUCUCUUGAAAUUCUCAAAAACGGUACAGUUGUGGACACGGUGCCUCUUACUGACAGAAGCUACAUUGUGGUUGGACGUUUGCCUGUGUGCAGCGUGUCCCUGGAGCAUCCGUCCAUCUCCAGGUACCACGCGGUGAUCCAGUACCGCGGACAGCCCGGACAGGAGGGCUGUGUCGGAGAGGAGAGGGGCUUUUACAUCCAUGACCUGGGCAGCACACAUGGCACGGUGGUAAACAAGAACAGAAUCCCGCCCAAGACCUUCAUCAGACUGCAUGUGGGCCAUGUGUUGAAGUUUGGAGGGAGUACGAGGCUGUUUGUCCUUCAGGGUCCGGAGUUUGAUGAGGAAGAGGAGUCUGAACUGACAGUGACAGAGCUGAGGGAGCAAGCUCGCAAACAGAGAGCGGAGCUGGAGAAGAGGAUGAUGGGAGAGCUGUCUGAUGGAGAGGAGGAUGAGGGGAAAGAGAGGAGCAACAAGGGCAAAAGCAAAGCUGAAGACACUGGCUGCUCAUGGGGGAUGGAUGAGGAGGCAGCUCCAGAGGAAGAUGAGAAUGAGGAAAACCCCUUUUCAACAGAGUUCCAAGAAGACCAGGAAGCAGCCUACCUGAAAGACCCAAAGAAAGCCUUGCAGGGUUUCUAUGACAGAGAGGGAGAGGAACUGGAGUUGGAGUAUGAAGACAAAAAUCAUGGCAGUUGGCUCUGCAGAAUAAAGUUGCCAGUGGACGAUGCACUGGGCCGUCAGUUGGUUGCCGAGGUGACCCACACAGGAAAGAAGAAGGAAGCAGCCAUUCAGUGCUGCUUAGAGGCUUGCCGGAUGCUGGAGGCCAGAGGGCUGCUGCGGCAGGAAGCAGUGUCCCGUAAGCGGAAGAAAAAAAAGAACUGGGAAGAAGAGGACUACUACGACAGUGACGAUGACACCUUCCUGGAUCGAACGGGGACCGUGGAGAGGAAGAGGCAGGAACGAAUGAAGAAGGCGGGGAAGAUUGAUGAGCGACCUGAGACCUUUGAUUCUUUGGUGGCCAAACUGUCUGCAGUGGAGAAGGAGAUAGCAGAUUCUCAGCAAAAGCUCAGCUCCGGGGGUCGAGACUGUUCAGCAUCCUCCGCUGAGGACUCUCUGGAUGCCUUCAUGACUGCAGUGAAAAGCGAGGCAGAGAUGGACUCCGUGGAGCGCCGGAAGCUCCACCUGCAUGUGGCCGACUUGCGUAAAGAAGCUCAGAGGCUUCGUAAGUUGGUGGAGCUGACGCGACCAGCGCAGAUGCCUUCGCUGCUUUCCAGUGGCAGCUCAGAGCCAGAAAAGCAUAAAAAGAGCUUACCGCUGUUUGGAGCCAUGAAAGGAGGAAGCAAAUUCAAACUGAAAACUGGGACCAUCGGAAAACUGCCUCCUAAGCGGCCCAACCUGCCUGCAGAACUCUUCAACAUGAAAGAGCUUCCACCUGGUGGUGAGGAGGAGGAAGAGGAGGAUACAGAGAUAAAUAAAGAUGAUGGCGAUGAAUGUGGCACCACUGUGCUUAAACCUGACGCAGGAGAUUUUGAUGCUUCCACAUCUGUAGAGAAAACGUCUUUGAAAGACGAGUCCGUGAAGGUCAAAGAUCAAGUCCCCAAAGUGAAGCAAAGUGAUGGAGCAGAGCAGCAGGUUCCUCUGAGCAGCAGCACAAAAUCAACAGCCCCCCUAAACUCAGAGUCAAAGGCAGAGGGUGAGGCGGUGCCAACAGCAGCCCCCAGUCCCAAAAAGAAGAAAAGGGUGAUGGGCCCCAGCAGGCCUCCAGUGCAGCUGUCAGGACAGUAUCCAGAAGACGACCCUGAUUAUUCAGUGUGGCUGCCACCUGCAGGUCAGACUGGAGACGGUCGCACUCACCUCAACGACAAGUACGGCUACUGAUGGGGAUUAUCAGACCGAUGUUCUCCUUUUCCACUCCUCCCUUUCUCCCAUCUCAGUCCAACACAACCACAUCUUUUUAUUCAUCUCAUAUUUCAGACUGUGACAAACAUAAAUCCCACUGCUUCAAUGCAAAGACUUGUCCUCCUCGUGCUCCUCCCUCCUUAUAAUAAUGAAGACUGGGAGCACUUUUUAUUUGAAUUUGAGCAACAAUAGAAAGAACAGCAUUUUAAUUCUACUUUUUUCUGAUAAAACCAACCCGACAUUUAAUCUGCAU